UUCUUUUCCCUCCCUCUUUUCACUAUUUUUAACUCUCUCUCUUGUUCUCUUUAUUUAUUUUUUUUGUUUUUGGUUCUAAUAAAUUUAAGAUGUUUGAGUUAAUAUAUCACCAAAUUCAUCACCCACGUCGUUAAAUUCUUCAUAUUUAUAGAUGCAGAAGCUUCAACUCAUGCAUUAUAUCAUAAAAACGAAUCUUUGAAGUUUCAAGAGUACUAAAGUCUUCAGCUUUUUCAAGGGGAUUAAUGCUUUUUCUUGAAUUUUCUGUUUCUGGGUCAUUGAAAUGGCAAGAUUAGAGGUACCCCAAGUGGAUUUGGAAUGCUCCGGUCACAGUCGUCGGAGCUCCGUAAGUGUCAGUUUUUCAGAUGCCGACAAGGGUUCUUGUUAUUCUCAGUUUUGUUCCACUGCUGAUGGGUCUAAUCAAGAUGAUUAUAGAUAUCCACAUGGAAGUGAGUCUGCUGAUUCAGUUAGUAUAGAGAUCGGAGAUGAUGAAAGUAAGGGGCAUUUGGGGGAAACUGAAAGAGAUUGUAGGAUUUGCCAUUUGAGUUUGGUGAGUUGUGGAAAUGAGUAUGGGGUUGCUAUUGAAUUGGGAUGUUCAUGUAAAGAUGAUUUGGCUGCUGCACAUAAGCAUUGUGCUGAAACAUGGUUCAAAAUCAAGGGAAAUAAGACUUGUGAAAUAUGCAAUGCAGUCGCACGCAAUGUUGUUGGGCCAAUUGACAUUGAAUCAGCACAGCAAACUAAUGAAAUAAAUGAUUUGGCUACAAAUGCAGCCCCUGUACAAGUAUCUUCCUCUUCAGAGAGGCGGACUUGUUUGAACGGUCAUCGAUUCUUGAAUUUCCUUUUAGCUUGUAUGGUGUUUGCCUUUGUCAUUUCUUGGCUCUUCCACUUUAACAUCCCCUCAUAGUAUAGUAAAAGGUUCAUGUACCAUGUGUAAAGGCCCUGUGAAGGUCUGAGAUGUUAAAAAGAAAUAUUUGCACAUUCUUUUCCGACUAGCUUUGCAGUGCACCUACUUACCUACAAGGCAAGCAGGGAAAACCUCGAGACUUGCCAUAAAUGAGAUUGUCGAUAGAGGUUGAGACAUCUCCUCCACCAAGAAAACCUCGAGACUUGUCAUAAAUGGGAUUGUCGAUAGAGGUUGAGACAUCUCCUCCACCAAGAAAACAUCGAGACUUGUCAUAAAUGGGAUUGUCGAUAGAAGUUGAGACAUCUCCUCCACCAAGAAAACCUGGAGAAGCGUCCAACACUUCAAAGAUAAGUCUUCAUUUUCGAGGAUUUCGUGUAAAUGUUUUACCUUUAAGUUAGUAAUCCCAUUGCAUGAUAUGAUAUUUGGAUUUGGAGUUGUAAUUGUCAAAAAGCGUUUGUUGUAUGCAACCAAAGGAUAAAUAUAUGGAGCAUGUCUUCUUAUACAAUGAAGUUGCUCAAAGGAUUUGGACAUUUUUUUCCUCUGAUCUACCGCUCCUCCAAUGUAACAGACUCACUCGUAAGUGUUUACUUAAUGGUGGAAAUGUGACAUGGUGUUUUAGCUAAUUUUGAAGGUUA